AAAAUGGCGGCACUGAUGAAAGCUAUGCAUGUUUCUAAAAAUGUGAAUAAUAUAACAAAACUUCUCACAAAUUUGUCUUUGACUCGGAGUGUCAUCACUCUUCCUAAACAUGUAUCUCUUCGCAGCACAUCAGCUCUGCAUUGCGCAUUUAUACACAUUACACCGGACUAUCGCGAUUUGAUGGAAUUCUUCGACGAACCAAAUUGGGGACAAAACGAGGUGAGGGUUGGUCGAUCCUGGAGAAAGGAUGAAUUGAGAUUGAAGAGUAAUUCAGAUCUUCAUAAACUAUGGUAUGUAUUAUUAAAGGAACGUAACAUGCUUAUGACUAUGGAAGAGGCAUCUGAAAAAGAGAAUGAGAUUUUUCCAAACCCUGAACGCAUAGACAAAGUUAAAACUAGUAUGGAUAAUUUGGAAUCAGUUGUUCGUGAAAGAAAUAGAGCGUACCACAUGCUUGAAACCGGCGAGACAGGAGAGCGUCCUGGAAAAUUAGUUUAUAGUCGCCUAGGUCUGAAAUUUUAUUAUCGAAUGCGUCAAUAUACCAAGCCAAAAUACAUGAAUAAAGAAUGGCACAAGUGGCACAUGUUUGGUUUUACUGGCUAUGCAACUCGGAAAUUCCUACGAUUAUACAGAGAAAAAAUUUGGAAUGAAAAACGCCAAGCAAGAAAUCGUGACAAGAAUCGCGUUGCAAUGUUAAUAAGGAGAUUCCCAAAUCUGGAUCUCGAAGCUGUGAAAGAACAAUAUCCAAAUGUUGAUAUAGAAACAGUAAAAACUCUGAAAAGAGCAAGAGGCCAUCAUCUACCCGAAUAAAUGCAAUUGAUAGAAUAACAAAUCAUUGAACAUUGUUAUAUUUACGAAUGUAAAUUCAUAGAUAUAAUAUAGAAGAUAAAUUUAGAUUUCA